AUGGUAACUUGCCAUGCCAUCCUUACUGGAUAUUUGGCCAUAUUAGUAACUUUAAGUUAUGCAGAAGCUGACGCAGGAUUGGAUCUGGGACCGAUAUCCUUGCCGGCAAACGAUCAGGUUUGCCAGUGCUCCCUGACGAUGUCCUGCAGCUGUUGCCAAAGUGUUACGGUUGACCUUAUGAAUCAAACCAGUACUGUUUGUCUUACCGUCCAGAUUGGUCUAACUACCGGAUCGAUAGAUUUGGAGGCUACAAUGGAUGGUAAUUCGGUGGCCAAGUUAUCCAUGAGCACCCUGAAACCGCCCAAAUUUUGCCUGCCAGUGGUCUCGCUGGCUUCCCUGGACAUGUGCCUCAAAGUGAACUUCCAGUUUGAAGGAGUCGGGGUCAAGGUCUGCCCCAACAUCUAUACCAACUAUGCCACCAGUCAGGUCGUCAGCUACGAUUUUCCCUGCAUUCAGGCGGGACUGGAUGGCGUGAGCCUGGCUUAG